AUGGCUUAUUGCUCCCAGUCGCCCUGGCUCGAGAAUGGAACGCUACGACAAAACAUACUCGGUGUUUCCAUCCUAGAGCGGAAGUGGUACGAUAGCGUCAUCUCUGCUUGUGGACUCGAAGCCGACUUGAAGGUACUCGAGAGUGGUGACCUGACUGUCAUUGGCAGCAACGGUGUCAAUCUUAGCGGGGGACAGAAACAGCGCGUUGUAAAUAAUAUGAUUGCGAUGGACAGCGGCAGAAUCCGAGAAGCCGGCAGCCGUGAGAUUCUGGCGAAUCAGAAAGGAUACGUGAGUGAGCUGGGACUCGAGUACACUUCUGCCGGUGCAAUUGAGGAGCCUGGGGCGGACGGAAACUCUAAGCCCCUCGAGGAGGUAGAAGGCAAAGCAUUGAACACGCAGGCUCAAGCCUCCCAGGAAGAUACCGACGCGCGGCGAAAGAAUGGGGAGAAGGCAGUCUACUUAUACUACUUGCGAAAUGCCGGUCGGAAGGCUGUAGUCAUGUACACUGUCUCCGUUGUGGCUUGGAUCUUCUUUUCCGAAUUUGCAAGUAAGCAUUGGUUGACCAACUUUCUGAAGUGA